AUGAGAGAAACUCGCAUUGCUAAACCCUACGCACGAGCGUUGUAUAGUGCAGCGACGGAAGAGGAUAUUUUAGAUCGCAUUGUUGAAGAUGUGAAUCAGGUCCUCCAACUGACACAGGACUCGGAAGAUUUUGAUCAGUUUCUGACUAACCCUAUCCUAUCCCCGCAGUUCAAGAGCGAGAUGUUCCAACAACUUCUAUCCGAAGCUGUUCAGCCGCUCACGCUCAACUUUCUGCUCUUGCUAGCAUUGAAACAACGUGAGAGAUCCUUAGUUGCAAUCUUACAGAUGUUUCUGGAGAUCGUUGAUUUGCAAGCGGGUCGCCUCGUCGCACAGGUGACAUCAGCGGUCCCGCUCACUGAUGCGCAAAAAACCACCCUCUCUCAGCAAUUGAGCAACUAUUCGGAAGCGGAAGUCCGGCUUGAAUUGAACGAAGAUGCUACGAUUCAAGGAGGCGUCAUCGUGCGAUUAGGGGAUACUGUGUUUGAUGGAAGCAUCGCAUCACAGCUGCAACGAAUGAGAACAUUACUUGCGAGGGGAUAA